GGUGUCGUGUUGCAGCCGCUGCCGGUAAGCGCCACUUGUGAAGCCAUCGUGACACACAAAAGGACUGCUCCAUUGAAAAGGCAAUUGACGAACAAAAAUACGAAAAAAGCAAGAUGUAAACUGCCAUAGAAAGAAGGGAAACACUGGAACACGAGGAGGAGAUGCGACGCUGCCGACGGUGACAGUGGCGCCACACCUGGACACCAUCUAGACACCAUUCCUCAGCUAGAUGACGGGCAGCAGCAGGAGCAGUCAAAGGCACGGCUCGAGGACAAACCGAUCAACGUGUCAACCAGAACUUCAACAUCAACGCGUCGAGGAGGAUGCAAAUUGUCGCAAACAAGUGCCACAGCUACAGCGACGACACCAGCAGCAGCAGCAUCCAGAGAGAGCGCCAACCCAUUGAGGAGACGGAGACCCAACGCAGGGGCGCCCACCCCCACCCGCAACAUGGCGGACGCGCAGGAUAGCAACAGUGGGGCGAGUGGGAAGGGGGGACAGGAGUCGAUGCGUCUCCUAACAAAAAUAGACAAGGCCGUCUCCACCAACGACAUCCUGCUGGACCUGCAGCGCGCCCUCACCUAUGAGGCGGUGUUCAGCAUUUUGGUGGAGCACAAGAUGCAGGCCCUGAGGCGCGACUACGAGGAGCACAAGAGAGCCAAGCGGGCUAAGAAACGGAAGUCCAUUGGCCGCAUCUUUCUGCCCCGCAAGCUCUUCGGUGGCGGUCGCCGUGGCAGCCGGGAAGAGGACUCAGCCGCAGCGCCCGCGGAGGAGCCACAAACGCCAUCUGCAAAAACCAUAGCCAAGGCAAAAACAAAACCCAAGGGCAGGGGCAAGGCUCAGGAUGACAUCGAAGUGGCUUCGGGUUCGGUGGAAGCCUCGCUGCGCUCCCACGGGAAGAGCGCGGAACCGCUGGAGGAUAGCCUGGCCAGCAACUCGCUGAGCAACUCGUCGGGCCCGGGGCCGGGCCGCCAAGCCAUACACAUCCACAGCCUCCUGGUCCACGCCCAGACCCAUACCCCGGCCAAGACGGACCUGCUACGACGAUCCGGCAGUUCAGAGGAGGAAAACGGCUCCGGCUACGAUAAUACCUCGACGACUGCCACAGCAACUGCCACGGUGAUAACUGCGGAGCGCGGUGGCGUCCUGCACAGCUCAACACUGGCGGACGACAGUCUGACCGCCUCGUUGCGCGGCAGCAUCGAGAGCCUCUCCUACUCCAGCUCCCGCUGCACCGUCAGCUUUGGGGGCGCGGAGAUCAUCGCCGUUGCCGGCCUCGAUGCGAACACACGGGAGCGGGUGCGACUGGCCAAGCGACUGCGCAUCCUGGAGGCCAAGUCGAUCAGUGCCCAGUGCAGUCCCAUCUUCCCGAGGCACGUGGUGCGCUCGUUCCCGCUACAAGCACCCCAGCAAGCGCGCCUGCACAUCAAUGUUCCCUCCAGUCUGGCCAAGCAGCCUUCGCCACCACCUCCACCGUGGUGUAGCCGUGGAGAUUGAGACUCCUUCCGCAGUU